AUGAUACUGUUGAAGGUGAUAGCACUUGCAUACUUUUUUGUAUUUUUUCCUAUUUUUCAGGUUCGUACGCAUCCUGAAAAGUUCGGAGUUGGCAAGGUAAUGUCAAGGACUCAGUCGCAUGAGAAAAUGCAGUCAUUGAACACCAAGAAAGACCUUAAGCGUCAUUCUGUUGGCGGAUAUUCUCUCGAAAUGGACACACCUGAAGAUAGGGCUGCAACAAAAAUCCAAGCAGAAAUUCGAGGUUUCCUCGCGAGAAAGCAUGUAGAAAAAAUGAAGAAGGAAGAUAAUCAAGCUGCUACCAAGAUUCAAGCCCAUAUCAGAGGUUUUCUCACUAGGAAGCACUUGGACGAGCAAGGCCUCUUAUCUCCAACACGUUCUCGAAGCUCACUUCACUCCCAUGAAUCGGACGAGAACCACAAUUGA